AGGGGGCGGCCGGCCGGGCCUGCGCCCGAGCGAGCGGCGAGCCGGGGGGGAAGGGGCCCGGAAGGAGGCGAGCGCGGCCGCGACGCCGGGAGCCGGACGCCCGCCCGUGCCGGCCUGCCGCCGCCGCCUUCCCUGCCUGCGCCCGAGCCCGGAGUCCCGCGGCCGUCGAGACCGGAGCGCGGCGGUCGGGCGUGGGGCGAGCGGGCGAGCGGGGCCGGGAGCCCGAGGCCGCCGGCGGUCCUGCGCGAGGCGCGGUGGGCUUCUCUGCCUGCGAGAUUAGGCGAGGGGCGGAAAGGGAGGAAAAAGAGAGGCCGAGUGAGAGAAGCCAGGCGAUCGGAUUGUCCAGGAGGCUGGUGUGGAGGAAUAUCCCACCUCGAACUCAAAUCCACAAUAAUAAUCCAAACUAUUAAUAAUAAGGGAGCAGUUUUUCUGGCCAGGCGAGAGGGAGAGCAGGGGGAACGGGAAGAAGCGAAAUCUCCGUUUCAUGGAGGCUGAGGCAAGAGAAAAUUUCGGAGCCUGGAUGUGGAGGAGCAAAACAGAACUAACUCAGGAAAUUGUCUUUCAGAAAAAGGCCGAACCUAGGCUGGGAAUCAGGCUGGGGUAGGUGGAGAAACCUGCAAGUUUAAAGGAAAAAGAAAAGGAGAGAAUAUUUUCAGAGAUUUUUCUCUGGUUUGUGGUAUUGCUACCAUUUUAAAGGUAAAAAGCAUUGCAUUUCAGGUGUUCUUUGAUUUUUUUUUUUUUUUUUUUUGGUGCGAUUGGCUCAUUUAAGAAUUUCAAAACCUUUCAUAUAAAAGCUUUUUUUUUUUUAAGGAAAUUCAUAAUUUUGGUUCCCAGGGUUGCACUGGACUUGGAAGGAGUGCUGUUGUGUACAUACUAGUGUAUGGUUUUAUUUAUUUUUUUACUGUGCAAAUCAGCUGGAAGAUUUUUUCCAGGUGUCAAUUUGGAUUUUUUUUUCUUUUUGGUCCCUCAGUAUAUUUGUUGUCGUUUUAAGCAUUGGAGACCAGAGCAUUAUUUUUUCCCCCUUUGGAGCUUGAGGCUCUCUUGCCAACAGAAGGACAGCUAGGAAAACUAGAUUAAAAGGAUGGUUUUUAUCUAUAUUUUGCAGUUAAGAUUGAUAUUUUGAAGGCACAUUCUGUGAUUUUUUUUUUUUUUUUUUUUAAGCCCAUAGCGCUAACCUUGAAGAGAUUUGUGGUUGGGUUUUUGGUUCUAAGAAGGUCAUAGUUUUUUCUCUUUUUCUUUCGGGUUUUUUCUGUUUUUUUUUUUUAAGAGGGGGGGAGGGGAAAAGGGGGCUAAGGAAGGAGACCAUGUUAACUGGUAGAAGUAGAAUGGAGCUUCAGUUACCAGGGUCCUGAGAGCUGGAAGAAAAAGGAUUCUGUCUUCAAGUUGGGAGGCCAUCCUCUCACCUUUCUUAAAAAUUGCAAGCGAUUCAGUCCUGAUCAAGACAUCAAAACUACAGGAUUCUGGAACCGUGGAGACACUGAGAAACCAUGAGUGUAAGGUUACCCCAGAGUAUAGACAGCCCCAUUGCAGCCUGGUUAAGUAGCCUGUCUCUGGGAGAUUCAGCACCUGAACGCAAGUCCCCUUCCCACCACCGCCAACCCUCCGACACCUCUGAGACAACAGGUCUCGUUCAACGCUGUGUCAUCAUCCAAAAGGACCAGCAUGGCUUCGGCUUCACAGUCAGCGGGGAUCGCAUUGUUCUGGUGCAGUCUGUGCGGCCUGGAGGCGCAGCCAUGAAAGCCGGUGUGAAAGAGGGUGACCGGAUCAUCAAAGUGAACGGCACCAUGGUGACCAAUAGCUCACAUCUGGAAGUGGUGAAGCUUAUCAAAUCUGGUGCCUAUGUUGCACUGACCCUCCUGGGCUCUUCACCCUCAUCCAUUGGUGUCUCUGGGCCCCAGCAGGACCCAGUCCCAGCAGGAGCUCCCCGAGUCACCCCUGUGAUCCCACCACCACCACCCCCUCCACCUCUGCCACCUCCACAGCGCAUCACAGGACCCAAACCUCUGCAGGAUCCUGAAUUUCAAAAACAUGCCACCCAGAUCCUUAGGAAUAUGCUGAGGCAGGAGGAAAAAGAGUUACAGCGUAUCUGUGAGGUGUAUAGCCGGAACCCCGGCAGCCUGCUGGAAGAGCAGAUCGAAGGCGCCCGGCGGCGAGUCACUCAGUUACAGCUGAAGAUCCAGCAGGAGACUGGUGGCUUAGUGGACAUACUUCCACUAUAUGGUGACACCAGCCAGAGAUCAUCAGAAGGCCGACUCUCUCUGGAUUCCCAGGAGGGGGACAGUGGCUUGGACUCUGGCACAGAGCGCUUUCCUUCCCUCGGCGAGUCAUUGGUGAAUCGGAACUCAGUACUGUCAGACCCUGGGCUGGACAGUCCUCGAACCUCCCCUGUGAUCAUGGCCCGUGUGGCCCAGCACCACAGGCGGCAGGGCUCGGAUGCACUGGUUCCCCCCAGCAGUGACCAGGGUGUAGAUCAAAGCCCAAAGCCUUUAAUUAUCGGCCCAGAGGAAGAUUAUGACCCGGGUUAUUUCAACAACGAGAGCGACAUCAUCUUCCAGGACUUUGAGAAACUUAAGUCACGGCCGGCUCACCUGGGGGUUUUUCUACGGUACAUCUUCUCUCAGGCGGACCCCAGUCCACUGCUUUUCUACUUGUGUGCAGAAGUUUAUCAGCAAACAAACCCCAAGGAUUCCCGAAGCUUGGGAAAAGACAUCUGGAAUAUUUUCCUAGAGAAAAAUGCGCCUCUGAGAGUGAAGGUCCCAGAGAUGUUACAGGCUGAAAUUGACCUGCGCCUGCGGAGCGGUGAGGACGUGCGCACUGUUCUCUGUGAGGCUCAGGAGGCAGCCAUGCCAGAGAUCCAGGAGCAGAUCCAUGACUACAGAACAAAGCGCACUCUGGGGCUGGGAAGCCUGUAUGGUGAAAACGACCUGCUGGACCUGGAUGGGGACCCUCUCCGCGAACGCCAGGUGGCAGAGAAGCAGCUGGCUGCCCUAGGAGACAUUCUGUCCAAAUACGAGGAAGACAGGAGCGCCCCCAUGGACUUUGCCCUCAAUACCUACAUGAGCCACGCGGGCAUCCGUCUUCGAGAAGCACGACCUUCCAACACGGCGGAAAAGGCCCAGUCCGCUCCUGACAAGGACAAGUGGCUGCCCUUCUUCCCGAAGACCAAGAAGCAGAGCAGCAAUGCCAAGAAAGAAAAGGAUGCCUUGGAGGACAAGAAGCGAAACCCCAUCCUCAAGUACAUCGGGAAGCCCAAAAGCUCCUCCCAGAGCACAUUUCAUAUUCCCUUGUCCCCUGUGGAAGUCAAACCAGGCAACGUGAGGAACAUCAUUCAGCACUUUGAGAACAACCAGCAGUACGAUGCCCCGGAACCUGGGACGCAGCGACUCUCAACGGGAAGCUUUCCCGAGGACCUGCUGGAGAGCGACAGUUCUCGCUCAGAGAUUCGCCUGGGCCGCUCUGAGAGCCUGAAGGGCCGGGAGGAGAUGAAGCGGUCCCGGAAGGCAGAGAACGUGCCCCGUUCUCGCAGCGACGUGGACAUGGACGCGGCCGCAGAGGCCGCCCGCCUCCACCAGUCAGCCUCGUCCUCCGCCUCCAGCCUCUCCACCAGGUCUCUUGAGAACCCAACUCCUCCCUUCACCCCCAAAAUGGGCCGCAGGAGCAUUGAGUCCCCCAGCUUGGGGUUCUGCACAGAUGCCCUCCUCCCCAACCUCCUAGAAGAUGAUCUGGGCCAGCUGUCUGACCUGGAGCCAGAGCCCGACGCCCAAAACUGGCAGCAUACAGUGGGCAAGGAUGUGGUGGCUGGGCUAAGCCAGAGGGAGAUUGACCGACAGGAGGUCAUCAAUGAGCUGUUUGUGACAGAGGCUUCCCACCUGCGCACACUCCGGGUGCUGGACCUGAUCUUCUACCAGCGGAUGAAGAAGGAGGGCCUGCUGCCCCGGGAGGAGCUGGUGCGGCUCUUCCCCAACCUGCCCGAGCUCGUCGAGAUCCACAAUUCCUGGUGUGAAGCCAUGAGGAAGCUCCGGGAGGAGGGCCCCAUCAUCAGAGAAGUCAGUGACCUCAUGCUGGCUCGGUUCGAUGGCCCCGCCCGGGAGGAGCUGCAGCAGGUGGCCGCGCAGUUCUGCUCCUAUCAGUCCAUCGCCCUGGAGCUGAUCAAGACCAGGCAGCGCAAGGAGAGCCGGUUCCAGCUCUUCAUGCAGGAGGCUGAGAGCCACCCUCAGUGCCGGCGGCUGCAGCUUAGAGACCUCAUCAUCUCUGAGAUGCAGCGGCUCACCAAGUACCCACUGCUGCUGGAGAGCAUCAUCAAGCACACGGAGGGUGGCACCUCUGAGCACGAGAAACUCUGCCGGGCCCGGGAUCAGUGCCGGGAAAUUCUCAAGUACGUGAAUGAAGCAGUGAAGCAGACAGAGAACCAGCACCGUCUAGAGGGCUACCAGAAACGCCUGGACACCACCUCCCUGGAGAGGGCCAGCAACCCCCUGGCAGCGGAGUUCAAGAGUCUGGAUCUUACAACCAGAAAGAUGAUCCAUGAGGGGCCCCUGACCUGGAGGAUCAGCAAGGAUAAGACCUUGGACCUCCACGUGCUGCUGCUGGAGGACCUCCUCGUGCUGCUGCAGAAACAGGAUGAGAAGCUGCUGCUGAAGUGCCACAGCAAGACAGCCGUGGGCUCCUCGGACAGCAAGCAGACCUUCAGCCCGGUGCUCAAGCUCAAUGCCGUGCUCGUCCGCUCCGUGGCCACAGAUAAACGGGCCUUCUUCAUUAUCUGUACCUCCGAGCUGGGCCCACCCCAGAUCUACGAGCUGGUGGCAUUGACGUCAUCAGACAAGAACACAUGGAUGGAGCUCUUAGAAGAGGCCGUGCGGAAUGCCACCAGGCACCCUGGAGCCGCCCCAAAGCCCGUCCACCCGCCGCCCUCAGGCCCCCAGGAGCCAGCCCACCAGAGCCCCACGCCCAGCAGGGUAGGACUGGAUGACUCCGAGGUGUUCCGUAGUGAGCCAGAGCCUGAGACAGUACCUGGAGGCACUGGGCCCCAGCAGAGGGUCAAAGGGAAGCACCCGGUCCUGCUAGAGGGCCCCGAGCCAGAGGGCAGCAUAGAAGAAGAGGAGCUGGGUACCCUGCCUCACCCUUCUGCCUCCCUGGAUGGAGAGAACAGGGGCAGCAGGACAAGGGACCCCAUCCUCCUGCCCCUCCCAGGCCCUCUGUUCAUGGAAGGACUUGCCGAUGCAGCCCUGGAGGACGUGGAGAACCUGCGGCACCUGAUCCUGUGGAGCCUGCUGCCAGGUCACCCCGUGGACCCACAGGCUUCCGGGGAGCCCGAGGACGACCUGACACCUACACCUUCCGUCAUCAGCAUCACUUCUCACCCCUGGGACCCAGGCUCCCCAGGGCGAGCUCCCACUGGGGGUGAAGGGGACAGUGCCCGGCUCUCAGGGCCAGAGCGGGGCCAGCAGGAGGACAUGGCUGUCUGUCCUCUGGAACACCUGCCCCCAAGGACCAGAAAUUCUGGGAUCUGGGACUCUCCUGAGCUGGACAGGAAUCCAGAGGAAGAAGCUUCGAGCACAGAGGCAACAGGAAGUUACAAAGUUGUGAGGAAAGUCUCUACUCUCCCUGGUGGUGGUGUCGGUGCAGCUGAGGUGGCAGGCAGCAAAGUUGUCCCUGCACUACCAGAGAGUGGCCAGUCAGAGCCUGAGCCACCCGAAGUGGAAGGCGGAGCACAGGCUACGGGGAACUGCUUUUACGUGAGCAUGCCGGCAGGACCCCUGGACUCAAGCACUGACCCCUCACGGGCACGUGUGAGCCCCUCCCAGCCCGAUGGCCUCCCUGCCUCGCAGACGGAGCCUCAGCCCGCGCUUCGGGAAGGCAAUGGAGAUCAAAGGCGCCCGGGCCGCUCUCCCCCGAGCCUGGCCCUCAGGGACGUGGGCGUGAUCUUCCGUACCAUCGAGCAGCUCACCGUCAAGCUCAACAGGCUCAAGGACAUGGAGCUGGCCCACAAAGAGCUGCUCAGGUCCCUCGGGGGAGAGUCGUCUGGUGGCACCACGCCCGUGGGCGGUUUCCACACAGAGGCAGCUAGAUGGAUAGACAGCUCCCUGUCCCCUCCAGCCAAGGAGCACCUGGCCUCUGACUCCAGGGACAGCCGGGAACUGGGGCCCUGCCCUGAGGACGCCCAGCCCUUCAAGGCCUUGUGUCUCCUAAGCAUGCUGACUGCAUCUGAAAGGCCCCCCUCGUCCCACGUACGUGUGCGCGCCUGGAUGUGUGGGUGCCCUCAGACAAGCCAGUGCGGGUGAAAGGAGGCGGCUCCAGUGUAAAUGCACUUUCUUCCUCCCCUCCCUUCUCCACAGGACCCCCAGGCUGGGGUGGGUGUCUCCACCUCUCCUCUCUUUGUCACUUUGGUUUCCUAUAAAUAUGUAUGUAUUGUAUGUGCAUCUUUGCUAUUGUAAAUAACUUCGACCUUUUUUGUUUCUGAUCCUGGCGUGCCGAAGGCAGUUCCAGAGGGACUGCUAAGGGAAGAGGAGGUUCACUUGUAUCUCUUUGUUAGCAGCCCAGCUCCAGGAUCAGGGCCCAAAGGUGGAGCCAGCCCUGAGCGCCCCGGCCCCCCGUAGGCAAGAAGGCCUCCAGCUUCUGGCCCACCUGGCCGGAGAGCCUAGCCUCUGCAGCUCGGUGCUGGGCUACUCCCUCCCUCCUAGGACUUCUCAUCUUCAGGGGAACUUCUUACCCAACCUGUGUCCACCCUUCCCCACCCUCUCCCUAUAGAAAACCAGUGUAUCAGGUACAGAGCUGAAAACUGGGCCCCGGGGAGGUGGGGGUAGGGGUUUGAAUGCUGGAGUCCCUAAACUAACAACCUAGGACCAUCCCCAGGGGCCACCACAGCCUUGGCCCCUAUUACCACAUCCACUCCACUCCCCACAGACUAAUAGAAUAUACACACUGUGCUAGGUGUAUAUAUACAUAUAUAUAUAUAAAUAUAUAUAAUAUAUAUAAAAUACAGAUAUGGAAAUGACUGUUUUGCUGUUAAAAUAAUGUAUACUCUUUUAUUUUCUUCCUUUCAUGGUUAAGAUUUUUUUUUAAGAAAAGUUAAAUAUUCUUCAACUGUGGUGGUGUGUGUGUGAUUCUUGAAACUGCUGUGAUCAAAGAUACUGUGGUUGUUCCCUCUGAGACUGAUUGGAAUUGAAUAGAGGGAACAGAAGGCAGCCCCAGACCCAGGCCUUGCCAUAUUCUCUCCCGAAGUUCCAGAUGUGCACUUCACUGAACUUCAGACUAAGCGAUACAGCCCCCACGGCCAGAACACGAAAAGACAGCGCACACGCGCACACACAUGCACACACACACACGCACGCAGUGGCCCCAGAAUCAAGAGCCCUCAUGAGCUGCCCUCAGUGAGCUUCAGGACUUUGAAGGCAAUACACAGGGGAGGGUCAUGUCAGAGGCCUGGCCAGGUGCUGUCAUUGGCCCUCCGCGCCCUCCCACAGGCUCCAACACCCCCUGGAAGCAGCUCGUCAGGCGUGGCCACACCCCCAGGACUGUAACCACUCAAACUGCCUCCUUUGCCAUCACUGUGGGACUAAGCAACGAAUUCUCUUUCCCCCCUAACUAAUGUUUCCCUCCUAAACCCGACAUGACGCUGAGCGCUGACCUUGGGAGCUUACAGUCUAGUUGGGCAUCAGGAUUAAUACACGAUCCGUUCUUGAUGAAGGGUAGGGGUGAGGACAAGAACUGUACGGACCCACUGAAGCUUCAGAAGGCCUCGGGCAGGGGUAACGAGAGGCUAGCAGUUACUGGAGAGCACCUGCUACGCGCUCAGCGUUGGGAAUUCAAAGAGCUGCUCCCUGCAGAAGCUCAGCCAGCCGCCAAGAGGCUGAGCAGCAGCGCAGGUGGUCAGAGGCAAAGAGAGGACCGGGAGGGCCACGGAGCCUCGCAGAGAGGCAGUGCUGGCGGGGAGAGCAGGGCUCUGUCCAGGCAACAGAAAGGGGUGUGGGGGCCGAGAGGAUGUGACCAGAGGUGAAGAAGGGACGCUCCCCGAAGAGUGGAUGUCAGCUCCCCAGAAGCCGGCCCUGGGCUCUUGGGGCACGGUCGGGUCAUCUCAGCGGAGGCAGCACUGAGGGCUGAAGAGUCGGGGCCCCCAGCUCUCCUGACUCCUCUGGCCCCCGCACUGUCUGGGUGGCUCUGGUUUCAGGCGGCUGACAGCAGCAGGCAGUGUCAUUAGGGUUCGUGUUUAGUGCUUGGACUUUGCUACGUAGAUGACAGGAGACUCAGCACCCUCUCUAAAGCAGCCUGACAACUCUACGUUUUCAUAAGCUGAGCCCUUGCCUCUCCUCCAAACCAGUCCAGACACGUGGGCCAGUUGGAGCAGCAGAAGGGGGAAGGGACCCAGGAGGGUGGCAUGGUGGAGCCCGUGCUCCAUCCCUCUGCCCCACCCGCUCUUCCUCUCAGCUUGUGCGUGUUGGUUACUAUGCGAAGUCUUUCCCUUCUGCCUCUGAGACCAGAGGCACUGCAAACCCUCGUGUAUCACCUGUCCUCCAGGGAACAGGGACGGGUGGUACGGGUAGUGACUCUGGUCUGGGCAAAGAAGAACUAGGUCCUGAGGAGGCAGGAGAGCAACACCCUGGUCGGCCACCACC